AUGAAGCACGACGUGGGCUCCUCUUCCACACCACUUCUCGAAACGAUCGAAACCAUCGAGGAGGAGGAGUACAUUUUACUGCGAUUUCCUUGUUUUGACUUCUUCCGUAACGUGCAUCUCUGCGAGCAACGCGUGGGGGGGGAGCCCUCCCCAAGUGGAGUGGUGUUCAACGCGGAGGGCGUGAGCUUCUCGGCGGAGUUCCCACCCUCGCGUAGCGUGGAGAGCCCGCUGGUCUUCCUGAACGCGGGGACUCCCACCGCGAUGGGGUUUCGCGGCUCCUGGGAGGAGCUCGCAGAGCGGGAAGGGGGGCAGACGAACCGCGUCAUUCUCCACCUCACACGGCGCGCGAAAGGGGAAGGCGAUGCGGAGAAGGUGGAGAAAGAGGGCGAGGAGGAGGGAAGAGAAAAGGGGGGAAAGCAACAGGAGCCUCCGUCGGCGGUUUCAAGUCUCUUUUGCCAUUUACAGGAGGGGGUUACCGCCGAUGAGAAGCGCCAACGAGAGGAGCAGCGCGCGAAAGAAGCGGGGGAUUGGGUGUACGACAAGGUGAUCACGCCCUCCGCGGUGUUGGUAAUGACUAGAAUCAGCUAA